GCCCAGGCAGCGGCGCAGAGCGGGCAGCAGGCAGGCGGCGGGCGUUUAGACGGCUUCUCCUCCUCCUCUUGCUCCUCCAGCUACUGCUCCUUCGCCGGUAGGCCGCCCGCGGAGUCCUGCACCAGCGCCGAGGCAGCCUCGCCGCGCCCUAUCCCGUCCCGCUGGGCACUCGGAGGGCAGGGCGCCGGAGGCCAAAGUUGCCCCGCACGGCCCGGCGGGCGAGCGAGCUCGGGCUGCAGCAGCCCCGCCGGCGGUGCGCACGGCAACUUUGGAGAGGCGAGCAGCAGCCCCGGCAGUAGCGGCAAUGACUCCCUGGCUCGGGCUCGUCGUCCUCCUGGGCAGCUGGAGCCUGGGGGACUGGGGCGCCGAGGCGUGCACAUGCUCACCCAGCCACCCCCAGGACGCCUUCUGCAACUCCGACAUCGUGAUCCGGGCCAAGGUGGUGGGGAAGAAGUUGGUAAAGGAGGGGCCUUUUGGCACACUGGUCUACACCAUCAAGCAGAUGAAGAUGUACCGAGGCUUCACCAAGAUGCCCCAUGUGCAGUACAUCCACACAGAGGCUUCUGAGAGUCUCUGUGGCCUUAAGCUGGAGGUCAACAAGUACCAGUACCUGCUGACAGGUCGUGUCUAUGAUGGCAAGAUGUACACAGGACUGUGCAACUUUGUGGAGAGGUGGGACCAGCUCACCCUCUCCCAGCGCAAGGGGCUGAACUAUCGGUACCAUCUGGGUUGUAACUGCAAGAUCAAGUCCUGCUACUACCUGCCUUGCUUUGUGACUUCCAAGAACGAGUGUCUCUGGACCGACAUGCUGUCCAAUUUCGGCUACCCUGGCUACCAGUCCAAACAUUAUGCCUGCAUCCGGCAGAAGGGAGGCUACUGCAGCUGGUACCGAGGAUGGGCCCCCCCGGACAAAAGCAUCAUCAAUGCCACAGACCCCUGAACGCCAGACCCUGCCCCACCUCACUUCCCUCCCUUCCUGCUGAGCUUCCCUCGGACACUAACUCUUCCCAGAUGAUGACAAUGAAAUUAGUGCCUGUUUUCUCGCAAAUUUAGCACUUGGAACAUUUAAAGAAAGGUCUAUGCUGUCAUAUGGGGUUUAGUGAGAACUAUCCUACUGACCCCAUUCUGUCCCUUCUUUUUGGUUUUGACAUCACUCAUUUCCACCUGGGAAUUUCUGGUGCCAAGCCAGAAAGAAGGAGGAACCUGUAUUCCUCUUCUUCGUGAUAAUAUAAUCUCUAUUUUUUUAGGAAAACCGAAAUCUAAAAACUAUUCCAUUUGGGCAUUGUAAUUCCCACCCCUUUUUCUUCUUCCCCACCUCAACAUCUCCUAGACCCUCCUCUCUUUGCCCUUCUCCUCCAAUACAUUAAGGACACAGACAAGGAAGUUGCUGAAAGACCAACCACUUCAGGAUCAGUCAAAGGCAGCAAGCAGAUAGACUUAAGGUGUGUCAAAGAUCUUAUACACCAGGAGCUGCCACUGCAUGUCCCAACCAGACUGUUUCUGUCUGCGUCUGCUUGUGAGACUGAGGGAGGGAAGGAAUAAACUACAAGAGAGUUGGAGAUGAUGCAGCACACACACCACACAAUUCCCCAGUCAGUGAUGCUUGGGUUGACCAGAUGUUCCUGAGUCUGGAGCAAGCACCCAGGCCAGAAUAACAGAGCUUUCUUAGUUGGUGAAGACUUAAACAUCUGCCUGAGGUCAGGAGGCAAUCUGCCUGCCUUGUACAAAACCUCAGGUGAAAGACUGAGAUGAAUGUCUUUCCUCUCCCUGCCUCCCACCAGAUUUCCUUCUGGAAAACUCUUUGGUAGAUUUGGCCGGGAGCUUGCCUUUAUGUAAAUUAGAGACCUACACACCAUCCACCAUCCACAGAUAUAGCCAAGUAGACUUGGGUAGAGGAUAUUAUUUCCAGAAUAAUGUUUAGCUCACCUAGGGAGAUAUGUUUGUAUACACAUUUCCAUAUACCCACGUGGGGACAUAAGCUAAUUUUUUUUACAGGACACAGAAUUCUGUUCAAUGCUGUUACAUAUGCCAAUAGUUUAAUCUCUCCUAUUUUGUUGUUAUUGCUUGAAAAAAAUCAUGACAUUCCAAGUUGACUUUUUUUUUUUUUCAUUUUAAUUAAAAUUUGAAAUUUUGAACACCCUCAGCACCCUCUCUUCCCUAUCACAGGUCAUUUGACCUCUGUCCGUCUCCUUUUCCCUGUUCAUAUUUGGGGGGCUUCCUUUAACUGCCUUCCUGGCUUGGCUCAGAUAGCAGAUAAGAGUGUAGUCAAUGGCCUGGGCACAGGAGGGAGAGCUGUAGAGUGUCCUGCCUUGGCUGGAGGGACUCCUCUCCUGGGCGUGGAGACAGGUUGGUCCCCUUUCCCUAGCUCCCUGGUAGGUGAAUGCCACCUCCUGAGAUCCUCAUCUCUUGGAAUUAAAAUUGUUGGUCACUGGGGAAGCCUGAGUCUGCAAUCAGUUGUAGGGUUUCUGUUGUGUUGUUUGGUAAUAUAAGUUCUCCUAUUGAAUAAAAUUAUUUUAAGUUUUGGUGUCAAAAAAUGAGAUAUUGAGAGUAGGUGAUAAUGUAUAUUUUACAGAAUGGGGGGGUGGUAGGAUGGUGACAUUGAACAUGAUUGCUCUCUCUUUUUUCAGCUUAUGGGUAUUUAUCUUCUAUUAGUAUUUGUAUCUUCAGUUCAUUCCACUUUAGGAAACAGAGCUGCCAAUUGAAACAGGAGAAGAAAAAAAAAGCGGCAAACAACACAUUAUAAUGUCUUGCACACACACAAAUGCCCAGGCAAGGUGCUUGGCAGAACCCCAGAUCGGGAAGACAGUACAGGCACUGGAUUUCCUUGGGUUCUAUUUCAUUACCUUGUACCUUUCCCAUUGUGGUCAUGCCAUUUGGCAGUGGGGGAAUGGGAGGAUUGGCCUUCUCUGUGAGGCAGUGUGAGCAGAUGAAGCUGAGGCCAGCAGGUCAGUGGUUUUUAAGGGAUGAGCCCAGACUUGAUGUUUUGGGAUUGUCCUUAUUUUAACCUCAAAGUCUCGCAUGGUGGGGCAUGACUGACCAACCUAUGCAAGCUCCCUCCUGCAAGAGGACAUCAGUGUCUUCUCUGUGAGGCAUCUGGCCAUUCUCACUCCCUGGUGUGGUCAGCCCCUCUUACACAAGGAGGGACCUGGGUGAAGGCUGAGCGUGAGGCACCUGAAGUUUCCCUGCAGAGUCGAUACAUUAGCAGAACCACAGCCCCAUCUGUUAGGCCUUGGUGAGAAGGCCCUGGACAAAGAAGGGUCUUUCACAAAGCAAUGUCAGAGGGCGGUUUUGAGCUUUCUAUAAGCUAUAGCUUUGUUUAUUUCACCUGUUCACUUACUGUAUAAUUUAAAGUCAUUUAUGUAGCUGAGACACUUCUGUAUUUCAAUCAUAUCGUGAACAUUUUAUUUUGCUAAAACUUGUGUCAUGUGUAGGCUGUAAUAUGUGUACAUUGUGUUUAAGAGAAAAAAAAUGAAACCCACAUGCCACCAUUUUCCUGAAUCAAAUUCUACAGUCGAAUGGAGAGUAAAAUACUUCUAGGCAAGCAGCUAGACUGGUGAAUUGGGGGAACUAGAAGGAACUGAGACUCCUCCAGCCUCCUCCCUGUUGGAAUCCCAAUGGUUCCUGGAGUAGGAAAAAGUGUUUAAAGUACAUUCAUGUUCUUGUUCUAUGUCACCUGGCCCUGGGGAGACUACCAUUUACUUCACCCCAAGUCCUGUUAUCCUUCUAGUUGGGAGGCUAUGAUUUUCCUAAGAAUCCAGGGCCAUGGGAGAUACAAUUCCGAGUCCUCAUUGCCUCCUUUGGGCAUCUCUUCUGCCUUCCAAUCAAGGAAGCUCCAUGCCCAGGCUCUCACCUCUCAGGCCAGUGCUCUGCUCUGUCCAGGGCAGGUAAUACUGGGAGACUCCUGUCUUUACCCUCCCCUCGUUCCAGACCUGCCUCAUAGUGGCAACAUGGUUCUUGAACAAUUAAAGAAACAAAUGACUUUUUGGAAUAGCCCUGUCUAGGAGACACUGUGUCCCCCAGGAGACACUACCCUUCGGACUACACCAAGAUGGCACCCAAGUGUCUGGCUUCUGGCUACCUAAGGUAAACAUGUCGCUAGAGUAUUUUUAUCAGAGAGCAACAUUCUAAAAAUCUGACGGCAAACACAAAACAAGAUGGGAGAGAGUAGGGGAGGUAGAUGUGAUAACAACUUCCAAACUGGUUUUUUGGAGGUGAGAGGAAGAAAAGAACUUUGAGAAUAGUUUAUGUUUUGGGGGUAGGGGCUUCUUAGAUUCUCCCACUUACCUUUCCCUUUAGCCAGUCUGCUGUCCUGAAACCCAGAAGUGAUGGAGAGAAACCAACUAGAGAAAACCCUGUCUAGAAGGAAUGUAUUUGUUGCUAAAUUUUGUAGCACUGUUUACAGUUUUCCUCCAUGUUAUUUAUGAAUUUUAUAUUCCGUAAAUGUAUAUUGUCUUGUAAUAUUGCAUAAUGUUCACUUUUUAUAGUGUGUCCUUUAUUCUAAACAGUAAAGUGGUUUUAUUUCUAUCACA